GCGGCGGCGGGAGAGGAGCUGCCGGAGGGAGAGGAGCGGCCGUCCCAGCCGAAAUGCAGCAGGUGCUGGAUAACCUUACGGAGCUGCCCUCCUCCACGGGAGCAGAAGAGAUAGACCUAAUUUUCCUCAAGGGGAUUAUGGAGAACCCAAUCGUGAAGUCACUUGCUAAGGCUCACGAGAGGCUGGAAGAUUCAAAACUAGAAGCUGUCAGUGACAAUAACUUGGAAUUAGUCAAUGAAAUUCUUGAAGAUAUCACUCCUCUAAUCAGUGUGGAUGAAAAUGUGGCGGAACUGGUUGGGAUACUCAAAGAGCCUCACUUCCAGUCACUCUUGGAAGCCCAUGAUAUAGUGGCAUCAAAGUGUUAUGAUUCACCUCCAUCGAGCCCGGAAAUGAAUAAUUCUGUGAAUAAUCAGUUGUUACCAGUAGAUGCCAUCCGUAUUCUUGGUAUUCACAAAAGGGCUGGGGAGCCAUUGGGUGUAACCUUCAGGGUUGAAAAUAAUGACCUGGUAAUCGCCCGAAUCCUUCAUGGAGGCAUGAUAGAUCGACAAGGGCUGCUCCAUGUGGGGGACAUCAUCAAAGAAGUCAAUGGCCACGAGGUUGGAAACAAUCCAAAGGAAUUACAAGAAUUACUGAAAAAUAUUAGUGGAAGUGUCACCCUAAAAAUUUUACCAAGCUAUAGAGAUACCGUUAUUCCUCAACAGAGUGGCAUCAAUAUGGAGAGGCAUCCAGCCCGCGUCCGGCAGGUAUUUGUGAAAUGUCAUUUUGAUUACAAUCCAUACAACGAUAGCCUGAUACCUUGCAAAGAGGCAGGAUUGAAGUUUUCGAAAGGAGAAAUUCUUCAGAUUGUAAACAGAGAAGAUCCAAAUUGGUGGCAGGCUAGCCAUGUAAAAGAGGGAGGAAGCGCUGGGCUCAUUCCAAGCCAGUUCCUGGAAGAGAAGAGAAAGGCAUUUGUUAGAAGAGACUGGGACAAUUCAGGACCUUUCUGUGGAACCCUAAGCAGCAAAAAAAAGAAAAAGAUGAUGUAUCUCACCACCAGAAACGCAGAAUUUGACCGUCAUGAAAUCCAGAUCUACGAGGAGGUGGCCAGAAUGCCUCCCUUCCAGAGAAGGACGUUAGUGUUAAUAGGAGCUCAAGGUGUGGGGCGAAGAAGCUUGAAAAACAGGUUCAUAGUAUUGAACCCCACUAGAUUUGGAACCACGGUGCCAUUUACCUCAAGGAAACCAAGGGAAGAUGAAAAAGAUGGCCAGGCAUAUAAGUUCGUGUCACGGUCUGAGAUGGAAGCAGAUAUUAAAGCUGGAAAAUAUUUGGAACAUGGGGAAUAUGAAGGAAAUCUCUAUGGAACCAAGAUUGACUCUAUUCUUGAAGUUGUCCAAACUGGACGAACUUGCAUUUUGGAUGUCAACCCACAAGCCCUGAAGGUGCUGAGGACGUCGGAGUUCAUGCCCUACGUGGUCUUCAUUGCCGCCCCGGAGCUGGAGACGCUGCGCGCCAUGCACAAAGCCGUGGUGGAUGCUGGCAUUGCCACCAAGCUUCUGACGGACUCUGACUUGAAGAAAACAGUGGAUGAAAGUGCGCGAAUUCAGAGAGCAUACAACCACUACUUUGAUUUGAUCAUCGUCAACGACAAUCUAGACAAAGCCUUCGAGAAACUACAGACUGCCAUAGAGAACCUGAGGAUGGAGCCACAGUGGGUCCCCAUCAGCUGGGUGUACUGAUGAGUCAAUAAGGUUCACAAUUAAAACACAGCUCUUAGAAAGCGACUACAGCAAAUAACCCGCUGCCGAGAAGCGCGUGCACCGAGGAGAGGCCUGCUCCGGCCGGGCGUUCUGCCGCAGACUGACAUGCCUGUACACUCUUCCCAAUUUUUAUAGACACAGCGGUUGGGAAGGUGUACUGAUAUAUAACUUAUCUUAAUUUUUCUAACUUUUUAUGGACAAUCUAUUCAUAUCACAUAAAGAAAUGCGUUGAAGCAUUUUGUAUAUGU